AUGUGGAACCCUAACAAAGUUGAAGAAUUAAGGGAGGAUGAUGAUGAAUCUUGGGAAGUCAAAGCCUUCGAGCAAGACACUAUAGGCAACAUCUCUGGUACCACUUGGCCUCCAAGAUCUUACACUUGCAAUUUCUGCCGCCGUGAGUUCCGUUCAGCUCAAGCCUUAGGUGGUCACAUGAAUGUCCACCGCCGUGACCGCGCCUCAUCUAGGGCUCAUCAAGGUCCAACCGUUGCGGCUAGAAGCGGCGGCGGGAGGUUACUCAAUUCUUGUGUUCCGCCGUUACCUACAACCACGCUUAUCAUCCAAUCCACGGCGAGUAACAUUGAAGGUUUGUCCCAUUUCUACCAAUUGCAAAACCCUAGUGGCUUUUUUGGUAAUUCCAGUGAUAUGGUGAAUUUCUAUGGUACGACAUCGUGUCCUUCGAGCAACCUUGCUUUUUCGGUGUUGAAUUCUCCGGUAGAGGUUCCUCCUCGGCUCAUAGAAUAUUCAACAGGAGAUGAUGAGAGCAUUGGCUCGAUGAAAGAGACGACAAGAACAUCAGUGGAUGAGCCUGAUCUUGAACUUCGACUAGGGCACAAUCCACCGUGA